UUUGGUGAUAUUUUUCGUUUGAUAAACGAAUUUCCACUGUCAUUAUUUCGGACUGCGGUUCUCCGGGACUGUUCUAAUUAUAUGACCGUAUUGGGUAACCGAGCUUCGCCUGUAGCUCUUCUAGGUUUACCGCCGGUCUCAAGCCUGAGUAAAGGAAGAGGGUUGGACAUGAGGUCAGAAACCCCGCCCCGUAGAAAACAACUUUGCCAAAAAAACCUAACCAGAAUAAAUAAAUUGGACCAUUUAAAUUUUGCCUUGAUAGUUGGACGAUCUUCAUUCAGAAGAAUUGUGGAGCCACAUGGUGAAAGCCAAGAUUCUCCGAAAGUUACGAGGCCAAUGUCCCCUUCUAACAACCAGAGCAGCGAUUAGUAUAGGUACAUGGAAUGUCCGGACAAUGUGAGAGACCGGGAAGACCAAUCAAUUACCUACGGAAAUGAGGAGGUACAACUUGAUGGUGCUCAGAAUCAGUGAAACCCAUUGAACCCAAGCUGAACAGCAAAGUUUGAAUUCAAGAAAGAUGCUUCUGUACUCUGGUCACAAAGAGGAAGAUGAUCCACACACUCGAGGAGUUGCUGUGAUGCUGUCCGUAGGAGCACAAAGUUCACUUGUAGGAUGUGAAUCUCAUGGAUCCAGGGUCAUCAGGGCAUCACUAAAAACAAUCAAUGAGAGGAUCACGAUGAAUUUUACUCAGUGCUAUGACCACACCAAUAAUAACAGUGACGACACUAAAGACCAUUUUUACGAGAGUCUGUAAUCGAUCGUAGAUAAGACCCCAAGAAUGAUGUGACCAUCCUGAAGGGAGACUUAAGGUAUUGGACAGAGUGUUAUCCAACCGAAUGAAAGAUUCAGUGGGUGCCCAACUUUAGGAUCAACACACCGGAUUGCGUAAGCAUCGGUCGUGAGCAGACCAAAUUGUGAACUACGGAUCAUUUUUGAACGAUCAAUUGAAUGGAACUCGUCACUACUUAUCAACUCCAUUGACUUUGAGAAGGCGCUUGACAGCGUGGAUCGAAGAACCUUAUGGAACCUCCUUAGACACUGUGGUGUACCUGAGAAGAUUGUCAACAUCAUCUGGGAUUCAUAUGAAGGACUACGCUUCAAAGUCGUGGAUAGAGGAAUGCUGGCAGAUGCGUUCCAAGUGAUGACUGGAGUCAUACAAGGCUGCUUACACUGCCCCUUCCUAUUUUUUCCGGCAGUUGAGUGUAUUAUGAAAACCUUCGUUGAAGGGGAAGCACGGAAUACGAUGGACAGGUUGCAUGCAACUGAACGAUCGGGACUUUGCAGAUAACCUAGCUCUUCUACCCCGUAUACACCAGCAAAUGCAGGUGAGGACAGCCAGUGUAACAACAACAUCUGUCUGUAGCAUUAGGGCUCAAAAUACACCAGGGAAAAAGCAAGAUCCUGAAAUAAAACACGGAGAACACUAAUUCAGUCACACUUGACGAAUCGACUCUGCAAGAUGUGGAAAAGUUCACUUAUCUGGGCAUCAUCGUCUAUUAACAAGAGGGAUCUGAUGCAGACAUAAAGGCAAGAAUUGAACAUAUGGAACUCAAAACAACUUUCAACCAACAUGAAUGUCAGAGCUGGGAUCCUCUCAGUUAAAGCAGUUCUGAAUUUGAAGACGAAUGUGAAUGAUGAUUACAGCCAUUAGCUUCUGUUCUCAACCACAUCUAAUACUGUUUCAAGCUGAUGAGUUGCACUAUCUGUCGGACCACAACCAGUAAGUUGUGACUGACCGAUCGAUGUCAGUUACAUACGGCUUUGUUUUAUAUCCCUGUACCAUCUCAUAAGCUGUAACAUUGUAAACUACAUGAUCUUUUUUAUUAUGUUUUCUGUUACAAAAAUGUAAUUAAAAUGCAGUGAUCCCUUUUCGUCUCUCCAGGAUAAUUGCACAUUUACGUUAUGAGAAUUCUGUGGGUGUAGAGUUUUUGGAUGUUGGUGUUUCAGGUGUUAGUCUAUGGCAUAAAAUGCCUCCUGAACUAUGAGAUUGUAACAGCUUAAGUUGAUUGGUUAAGAGUUGACCUCAAACAGCAUUCUCACUGACUUACCUUGACAUUAGAUUGUAAUAUGGUUUCUGUCAGUUGAUUGUCGUCUAGUUGUGAUAAUGGUUUGUGUGUAAUAACUGGGUGUUGUGAAUUUCGUAAACACUAACUGUGAUCAACAACAGACUUUUGUAGUAGGUGUUACCUGAAACCCUUUCAGAUUAUGAAUACUAUGUACUAAUUGUACCUUUUUCUUAACUUUCAAGGCAACGAGAAUCUCUUUUGUUGCUUGCCUCAGACCCACUUCCAUAUUUUUUCCUGUGUAUUCAGUUAAGUAUUUGUCGAAAUCGCCGAUGACCUCCAACAUAAAUCAUACAAAUGAACAACUUCCUUGUACAGAAAAUUACUCGGAGUUAAAAGAAGUUUUGAAACCGUGCGGUAAACUUCCGCCGACAAACGACAUAAAAUUGGAUCGAUCUCACUUUAAACGUAAAGUCCCAAUGAUAUUCGUCGGUAUUCAAUGUGAUAAACAUGUCAAGACGUCUUUAGAGAAGUUGAAACCAUUUUUCUGUCCUUUUAUCCGACUACCUAAAAUAUCUAAGACUUAUUGUGUGGUUUUACUAGGCUAUUCCAAGGGUUUUCUGUUGCGCGCCUUCCAAUGUUGUCGUGACUGUAAACUCAGAAGUGAAUAUUGUAGAAUGGGGGAUCUUAACCUUCUAAAACCAUAUGCCGUUUUUGAACAACUAUUUGAGCAGAAGAUUAGAAUAGAAGACAGGGAUUGUCUCGAGUUUGCUGAUAUAAACAUCGCUGCUGGUGUCUUAACCUCCUGUCAUGGUUCAGCUCUUGUCAAAGUCGGAAAAACUCAGGUGAUUGCAGGUGUAAAGGUCAAGGUAAUUCCAGAAAGUGGAAACUCAGGCAACAUAACCUGCAAUGUCGAGUUUGCUGGUCUCUGUCAUAGAGGUUCACGUUUAAAUGCUCCACAACCUAAGUAUGCACAGUGGCUAUCUUCUACAAUCCAAAGACUCCUGAAUAAUUUUGCAUUUCCAUCUAUUGAAAACCAGCUAAACAUAUUCUCAAUAAAUGACCCAAACACACUUACACCGGUAGCUUCUUACACUUUGAAGCUCGAUAUCUUCAUCCUUCAUGACGACGGGUGCUUACUGGAUGCUUGUGUCCCCGCUGCACUUGUUAGUCUUUAUACAACAAAGUGGACAAAGUUAUAUGCAGUUACGGAUGAACAAGCUGCGGGGUCCUAUUUAGAAUUAUAUAAACCAGGAUCACAAAAUGAGACAAAAUCCUUAAAAAUGAAUGAAUGGCCUGUUUCACUGUCUUUCUGCUUCGUUCCUCGUCCGGUUACUGAUAAAAAGUCAGAGACAGUCCCUAUUAUUGCCCAACCAACGAAACGAGAGUUAGAUAUUUGGGAUACGGAUGCUGGUCCAGUACACAUAACUGUUUCUCAGGGUGCUGUCGUCGAUCUUUCUGUGGUUAAUGCAUUUUUAACGGGUCUUUGGGACGGUUUAUUUGUAGCGAGUGCAAAUGAAAGUGAUGUAGUCAACGCAUGGGAAGUUUUGUUUGAGUCUGCCGUUUCUCACGCUCAGAAAGUUCUACAGAUAAUCCAAAAGGCAGUAAACUAGUUUGUGUAGUUCACGACAAUUAUAUUAUAGCUACUGAAUGCAGGUGUUUCCAUGGAGAUAUCCAAAGGUAAACCCAUUAGCAUAUCCAACCUUCACAGUCCAGAUAUACCAAGCUUCAUAAACACUUAACGGAAUUUCUAGAUUCUAGGUGUUAUACACUCCAUCAUUUCACAAUCAGACUAGCCCUCUUAAGACCCUGAAGAUGGUCCAUACUGGAUGAAUUUACUUUGACUUUCACUGUACGAUGAUCGCUUUUGUCAACCAUAGUAAUUAAUUCUUUCUAUAUAUCAGUUUUUUAAGAUUGUUAAAAUUAUUGUUUUUAAUACUCUGCUUUUGUCGUUAAUUUUCCCUUAGCGUAAUGUGCCUGAAGUUUGAUAAUAUAUAUCAGAUCGUACAUUAUUGAGUUUAAGAUUUUUUUCAGUAAACAAUUAUGUGCAACGUAAUAAUGUAAUGAAACAAAAACCUAUGGUUUAAAUAUAUCAUUUCAGUAUCUUUUUGUUUAUUCAUAUUCAGAAACAAGAAAUUUUUGUUUACCGAUUAUGUAUUAAUAUUUAUGUUCUUAUUACCGUAUAUUGUAGAAAGUUUUCUGUUUUAAUGUUGAAAUUAGUCGAAUACGAUUCUUUACUUAGUAUUAUCCGAUAUAACUGAUACUAAAGUUACUUAACUUGAUUUGAAUUUUGUUAUUGAGUAAAAGCAAGCAAUUAUAUACGGAACAUAUUUACCGGGAUUAUGUAAUAUGAUUUAAACUUGUUAGAAUAGGAGAAUAUUUUUUGAAUAAUGUUUUUUGCUUCUAUAAUAAAUUAAUUGACGAAUUGCUAUUUUCUUCAGAAAAGUUUUGGACCUUGAUAUAUUUUGUACAAAAA